GUUUAUAAUAGGAAGCUGCAUCUGUACUUGUGUGUUCCGUUUGGAAACUUAUUUAGCGGUCAUUCGUCACAAGGAGGUCGAUUCACAGAGGAGAUCAAAACUAUCUCUCUCCAAUUAGGGUUACCCUGGAUAUUUUCAUUCGUGUUUCUCACACUGCCGUGGUUUGGAACCGUAAUCAUUGACGAUGGAGCGUGGUCGUUUGAUUCUCAUCAUUGUCGGAAUCACCAUCCUGCUGGUGGCCAUCGUUGUCGCGAUCGCCGUUCCCGUGUCGCUGAAUAACAAGAGUAAGAGAGAUUCAGAUUUGGCCAGGCAGUAUAUGAGAGAGGUGCCUCUGAUAGACGGGCACAACGAUUUACCUUGGCAACUAGUGAUUUAUGAAGACAACGAUUUGGCUCGCAUCGACCUCAACCAGCGUCCAACGUUUAACGUAUCUCAUACAGACAUUCCUAGGCUCAGGGAAGGUUUAGUUGGAGCACAGUUUUGGGCGGCGUACACCUAUUGCACAUCACAAUAUAAAGAUGCUGUCGUGCACGCUAUCGCUCAGAUAGAUGUCAUCAAGAGGAUGGUACAGGAGUACCCAGAAGUCUUCGAAUUCGUCACAACUGCACAAGGUAUAAGAGACGCCUUUGAGAACGGCAAGAUUGCUUCUCUUAUAGGAGUCGAGGGAGGUCAUAAUAUCGAUAACAGUUUUGCAGUACUUCGCGCCUUCUAUGACCUUGGUACCAGAUACAUGACUAUAACCCAUAGCUGCAAUACACCUUGGGCCGAUAACUGGAAGGAAGACUUUGAACCAGAAGACCAACAUAAUGGACUCAGCGAAUUUGGAAAGGACGUGAUUCGUGAGAUGAACCGUCUGGGCAUGCUCAUUGACCUCUCUCACGUCUCAGUAGACACGAUGAAUGACGCUCUUGAUGUAACCGAAGCACCGGUCAUCUUCAGCCACACCUCGGCAUACGCACUAUGCAACCACUACCGAAACGCACCGGACAGUAUCCUCACGAGAGUGAAAGAAAACAAAGGAAUUGUAAUGGUGAACUUCUACACGUUAUAUAUCAACUGCCCACCUAAUAAUGUUACGGCCGACCCUGCGUAUGCCACGCUGGCUCAAGUAGCAGAUCAUAUGGAUCAUAUAAAAGAGGUAUGUGGCUGGGAAUGUGUCGGGUUUGGCAGUGACUACGACGGGAUUGAUACUGCCCCUGAGGGAUUAGAAGAUGUUACCACGUUCCCUGCCCUGGUAACAGAACUCAUCCAGAGACAAUGGACUGAAGAAGAAAUAAAGGGCGCCCUCGGAAAUAACUUCCUUCGUGUCUUCGAAGAGGCGGAACAGGUUAGUCGAGAUCUUAAAGCAAAUGGGAUGAAACCUAAAGUGGCUACACUCCCAAGAGAUGAACCAGAUGAAGCAAAUAACGAUUGUCGCACCUACAUGUAUGGCACCUCCUUUUAUUGAUAGUGAUUUUAGUUUGGUACAUAGUUUGGGGUGUUUCAUUUGUUUUCUUUUCGAAGGGGGGGGGGGCAUCUUCAUUACGAUGGUCUUUUUAGAUGGUGAUAUAAACGAUGGUAGUGGUGAUGAUGAUAAGGUGAUAAUAACCAAACCAUUGAUAUUAUAAAUUAAAAUUUAAAAAAAUGAUGAUUAUGAUAAUAAGAAUAAUAUCAGUAAGAAUGAUGACUAAUGAUAAUGGUGGUGAUAGUGGCGGCGAUGAAGAUGAUAUCAUGAUGUCAAAUCUAUUGAUAUUGGAAAUAAUAAUUAAAAAAAUACUCCUGCUGCUGCUGGUUGUGGUGAUGAUGAAUAUCAGUAGGGAUAGCCUUUGAUGACGGUGAUGAUGGUGAUGGAAGUGUUAGUAAUAAGGUGAUGAUAAUAAAUAUAUUGCUUUAUAAAUAAAAGUAACAUUUACGAUGAUAUAAAAAUAAACGUAAAAAUGGUAAUGAUGAUGAUGAUUAUGGCGAUAGCAAUGUAGACCUCGCCUAAUGAUUUAAUUGUUUUAGUUAUAGAGGUUCUUUUACCCUAGCUGAAAUUUACAAAAAUAAUAAUGAUAAUAAUAAUAAUGAUAAUAAUAAUGACAAUAAUAUUGAUAUAGGACAAAAGUAUCAAUGCGCUGUUUACACAUAUACAGAAUGAAAGAGAAAAGUAUAGGAGAAUGAUAACCAAUACAUAAUAAGAUAUUACAUUAUUUAGAAUCAUUCAUUCGAAUAGAAACAGUUAAUACAAAAUUACAUGAUCUACAGAGUGGCAAAAUAAAACAAAUCAAAUACAUAACUAUCGGUGCUGUUUCUGAAAA